UGCCUGGCAUAUUGUAGACACCUCCAGAAGGACACUGACUCUGUUCCACUCAGCCUCUCAGCCGGUCUCCCUCUUCCUGGUCUCUACCUCCACCCUGUAUGAUCCUGACAAACCGUCUUCUGCCUCCUCCAUCAGGAUGAAGAACCAAAAGAAAAAGAGAGGGUUUAUUUUUCUCUUAGUCUUCUUGGUUACUCUUCCUCCCUCGUUGGGAAGGCAAACGUCAGACUAUGCUCCCUAUUUCUACGACAAAGGACCGAGCAGCACCAAUGGGAAUAUGGCUCUCUUCAGUAUCUCAGAAGACACACCAGUCGGAACACAGGUAUAUAUCCUAAAUGGCACUGACCCAGAGGGGGAUGCCGUGUGGUUUGGCCUGACCUUUGAGAAGGGCACCAGAGAAUACCUGAGAGUGGACCCCAAAUCAGGAAACAUAACUCUCAUUCAGGAACUAGACAGAGAGAAACAAGGUGAAAUCUCAGCUCUCGUUAGCAUAACAGAUGGCCGGAAUAAGGUUGCCGAGACGAUACGGGUGUUUGUCACCGAUGCCAAUGAUGAAGAACCAGAGUUCCAGAACCUGCCUUUCGCCGUAGACGUCCCAGAGGACACUCCAGCUGGAAGCAGCAUUUACAGAGUACAAGCGGUGGAUAAAGACAUGGGCUCUGGAGGCAGUGUCACCUACUACUUACAGGGAGCUCCUACUACCAAGUUCACCAUCGACGGCCACAGUGGGGUCCUGCGGAUCAAACCAGGCGAGACGCUCGACUUUGAGACGACAACGUUACACUUUGUGACGGUGGUUGCCAAGGAUGGGGGCGGGCAGUACAAAGGGAAGCAUCAGGUGUUGACAUCUACAGCCACCAUAACCAUCAACGUCCUCGACGCCCAAGACACUCCUCCAGCCUUCGUUGGAACUCCUUACUUUGGCUACGUCUACGAGGUCUCACUUCCUGGUUCUGAAAUAGCCACUGUGUUUGCCAAAGAUGGUGACGAAGGAAACCCUAAUCCUAUUCAUUACUCUAUUACCAAUGGUAGUGAGGAUGUCUUCACCAUCAAUAGCACAACUGGUUGUAUCAGCCUAACAACUUAUCCAGUCACGCUGAGGAAUGAAUUAUAUGAAAUCAAAGUCAAGGCCACUGAGCUGGGGCCUAGCGAGGAGCUGUUGGACUACAAUGCCAUGACUAUGGUGACGGUUCGAGUGGUGGAUCUCAACAACCACCCUCCUACCUUCUACGGAGAGAACGGGCCCCAGAGCCAAUUUGAGGUGACCAUGUAUGAGCACCCUCCAGAGGGGGAGAUCCUCAGGGGGCUGAAGAUAACGGUCAACGACUCUGAUCAGGGGGCGAAUGCUAAAUUUAAACUAAGAUUGGUAGGGCCUGGUCGUGUACUCAGAGUGGUUCCCCAGACGGUCCUAAAUGAAGCACAGGUCACCGUCAUCGUUGAAGACUCUGCUGCCAUUGACUAUGAAAAAGGCAAAUCCUUAACAUACAAGUUACUGGCUGUGGAGAUUGACACCCCUGAGAGGUUCAGUGCGACGGCUGAUAUUGUGAUUCACCUUUUGGACACCAAUGACAACACUCCCAGAUUCACCUCAGAGUAUUACAUGGCACGUAUCCCGGAGAACUCCCCCGGAGGCUCCAACGUUGUGUCUGUCACCGCCAAUGAUCCAGACUCUGGCCUUUGGGGUGAAGUCAAGUACUCCAUCUAUGGAUCCGGAUCUGAUUUGUUUCUCAUCCACCCGUCCUCAGGCAUCAUCUACACCCAGGCCUGGGCCACUCUGGAUGCUGAGGUCAAGUCCAAGUACAACUUCUACGUGAAGGCAGAGGACACAGAGGGCAAGUACAGCCUGGCAGAGGUGUUUGUCACUGUCCUUGACAUGAACGACCACGUUCCAGAGUUUGAUGACAGCUUUGUGGAGAGGACCAUGAUCAUCGGUGCACCUGUUAGGGUAGAGGCCAUAGAUGCCGAUGCAGAGUCGCCCAAUAACGUCAUUGAGUAUUCCAUUAUGCAAGCUGAGCCGGACAACAUCUUCGACAUCAACGCAGAGACUGGAGAGAUCAAGCUCAAGUCGUACAUCAAGUCCAUGGAGAUCGUGCAGAACAUCACCAAGCAGAAGGACUGCAGGUGGUCUCUGGUGGUCCAAGCCCGGGACCGAGGGUCUCCAUCCUUCAGCACUACCGCCGUGGUCAACAUCGACAUCACUGAGGCGAUCAAAGCUCGAAUAAUUGCAAACUUCCUGAACCUCAUCAAGCGCCCAUCAAAUGUUAUUGGACUUUUUUUGGGCAUAGUCGGCUUCACAAUCUUUCUAACAAUCUGUAUAUCCACUACCUUGUACUGUAGAACAGUGAAGAAAGCUCGUGUCAACCCCCAGGCCAAUUUCAUCAGAGUUAUCCGAAGGCCCAAAUGAUCAUGAGACCCAUCCCACUGGACUAUACAGACUACAUUUUAUAUAUCACCUUAUUAUGUCUGCAAGACAUUACUUUAUGAUACUUUAAAGACAAUAUAUUUUUUUUAACUUCUUUGUCUGUAAAAGAGUAGCAAAGCACAUUAUAAAGUAUAGGAUUUUUCUAUUGGAUUCUUGUAUUGGUAUUUGGUACGUUAUUAGGAUCCCCAUUAGCUGUUUCCGAAGGCAGCAGCUACUCUUCCUGGGUUCCACACAGAACAUGAAAAUGUACAUAAUACGGAACAUGAAUAGACAAGAUCAUCUCAAGGACGGCACUACAUACUGGAGUACAUUAUAUAGGAGAGUACUGGAGUACAUUAUAUAGGAGAGUACUGGAGUACAUGUUAUAGGAGAGUACUGGAGUACAUUAUAUAGGAGAGUACUGGAGUACAUUAUAAAGGAGAGUACUGGAGUACAUUAUAUAGGAGAGUACUGGAGUACAUUAAAGGAGAGUGCUGGAGUACAUUAAAGGAGAGUACUGGAGUACAUUAAAGGAGAGUACUGGAGUACAUUAUAAAGGAGAGUACUGGAGUACAUUAUAUAGGAGAGUACUGGAGUACAUUAUAUAGGAGAGUACUGGAGUACAUUAUAUAGGAGAGAACUGGAGUACAUUAUAUAGGAGAGUACUGGAGUACAUGUUAAAGGAGAGUACUGGAGUACAUUAUAUAGGAGAGUACUGGAGUACAUUAUAAAGGAGAGUACUGGAGUACAUUAUAUAGGAGAGUACUGGAGUACAUUAUAUAGGAGAGUACUGGAGUACAUUAUAUAGGAGAGUACUGGAGUACAUUAUAUAGGAGAGAACUGGAGUACAUUAUAUAGGAGAGUACUGGAGUACAUGUUAAAGGAGAGUACUGGAGUACAUUAUAUAGGAGAGUACUGGAGUACAUGUUAAAGGAGAGUACUGGAGUACAUUAUAUAGGAGAGUACUGGAGUACAUUAUAUAGGAGAGUACUGGAGUACAUUAUAAAGGAGAGUACUGGAGUACAUUAUAUAGGAGAGUACUGGAGUACAUGUUAAAGGAGAGUACUGGAGUACAUUAUAUAGGAGAGUACUGGAGUACAUUAUAUAGGAGAGUACUGGAGUACAUUAUAUAGGAGAGUACUGGAGUACAUUAUAUAGGAGAGUACUGGAGUACAUUAUAUAGGAGAGUACUGGAGUACAUUAUAUUGGAGAGUACUGGAGUACAUUAUAAAGGAGAGUACUGGAGUACAUUAUAUAGGAGAGUACUGGAGUACAUUAUAAAGGAGAGUACUGGAGUACAUUAUAUAGGAGAGUACUGGAGUACAUUAUAUAGGAGAGUACUGGAGUACAUGUUAAAGGAGAGUACUGGAGUACAUGUUAAAGGAGAGUACUGGAGUACAUGUUAAAGGAGAGUACUGGAGUACAUUAUAUAGGAGAGUACUGGAGUACAUGUUAAAGGAGAGUACUGGAGUACAUGUUAAAGGAGAGUACUGGAGUACAUGUUAAAGGAGAGUACUGGAGUACAUGUUAAAGGAGAGAACUGGAGUACAUGUUAAAGGAGAGAACUGGAGUACAUUAUAAAGGAACAGUAAAUAAGUACAAGGUUUUGACCGGUCGUCAUUGUAAAUACGAUUUUUUUUCUUAACUAACUUGUAUACAUAUGAUAUUAUAUAAAAACAAUUAUAGUUAUUUCAUAUCCAUCUUUUAUAUUUGAUUGGGAUAUGUUUUUCUACUCCUAAAAAUGUAUUUUUAUCUACUUGAUUUUUAUCUCUACUGUUUACUGUUUUGAUUAUAUUGUCAAAUUCUAGUGCUACUAUUAUAGUAUGUAGGACUUAUUUUAUAGUAAUUCUCCUACGUCAGAGCAUAUUUUAAACAGUUUGACUCUACUGAAGUAACAAAGAUUAAGUCAUUUACUUUCAAGCCAGUGUCUUGAGUUUAAGGUUAAUCCCUUUGUCAGAAGAACAGAGUAAUCUCUAUCUUUCCAUUUCAUUUUUUUUCUUCAUUCACCGUAGGGCUUUAGGAACCUGUCACAGGACGUUAAUCCACAAUACAAUCCUUAUCGGAAAACAUGUCACUGCGCGUGAACAAAAAGUUCUGAUGCACCAGCCACACAACAGUCAGUGUGUGUAUGACCCAAAUGGCACAGCCUAAAGUAGAGCACCACACCCUAAGCCUCUAUCAUUAACAGACACAGUAGUUUGGGAUGAAAGGGUGUUUGACAACGUAUCAUUACAGUGAGAACAUACAUUAUCAGUACAUGUAUGGACUAGCUGUGGGAAUUGAACUCCCCAACCUUGUUGUUGUUAGCCCUGUGCUUUUACCAACUGAGCCACACAGGACUUCCUGCGGCCAUCAUGCUGCUAGCGUUAUAGAGAUGUUGUCUGUCUGGGGCUCCUCUGUCAGUGCUUGGCUCAUGUCUGACCUCUGAUCCUGCUGCUUGCCUGCAUGCUUUUGGACCAAAAUAUGAAACGUUAAAACGUUUGAUGAUCUUAGUCCCGUGGAUGGGCACGAUUUAAAAGUAUUAUCUUUGUGCUCUUUUACAGACUCAACUCAAGGGGCCUAUGGCAGCCUUUUUAUUGCAAAGUAGGCACAACCCAAUGAAGGCCCUAGGCAUGGUCGCUGGUGUCAUUAGCAUAUUGGUAGGCGUCACUGUCUUGAUCUCCACGGCUAUGUUCUUGCGCAACACAAAGUCCAACAGGAUAAUGCCGGCGCGUCGCAUCAUCAUCAGACGGAGACCGUCAAGAGACCGUAAGCCGUGGACGUUUAACGUACCCUUCCGUGGCGGCGGUGGAAAUGACCCGUUGAACAAGUUUGUUGUAGGCGACCCGGAAGCAGGGAGUGUCAGCAUCAACCCCAACAAAAACAUCAGACCCCGGUGCUCUAGAUCAAAGCCCAAUCCUCUGCCCCCCAGAGCCCCCUGUCUGUCUCCUCCAUCCUGUCCCCCUCUGUCCUCCGACCCCAGGCCCAGUGAGAGGCCCCGGGCUGCAGUGCCGACCGUCUCUGGGGCCCUGGCUUCAAAGGGCUCCAGAAGAUCCAGCCAGAGCAGAGAGAGCAACAUCAGCUCUGAGACUACUAGAAUCCCCGUCAGCUCAGCCCUGGUCUCUGAACUCAAAAGGAGACUGGAGCAGAAAAUCAUUGAGAGCAACUCAAGCUAUUAUUGAACCUGAUAGGUGUGGUGUGCUGGCGCUCUAACCAAUCUGUCAGUAAAUUGUCUGGACUUGCUGAAUGUGCUCAGUCCUAGGAUUGUAAAACUGCAAUUGUAAAAGAAGGUUGAGGACAGUAGGUAAAUUCCCUGUAUUUGUUUUCAAAGUAAGUCCUCUGUCAAAGCAAUGUUGAAACACUGUCCUAUUAUUGAACCUACUGAAUCUAACGAGCUCUACACAUUUUCUUCAAGAUGUUAACAUAACGUUGGACACUUGGAUCCAUGGGCCCCGGUCCAGAAUAGUGCAGUCUACAGGGAAUUAGGGUGCCAUUUGAGACACACACUGUCAUCCAGAAAUAACUAGAGAUGUUUCUGCACUGCCAUCUUGAGAUGUGUAAUGGUAUCCUUGUUAGAUACAUCUCUGCAUUGCUGCCAUCUUGAGACGUGUAAUGGUAUCCUUGUUAGAUACGUCUCUGCAUUGCUGCCAUCUUGAGAUGUGUAAUGGGAUCCUUGUUAGAUACGUCUCUGCAUUGCUGCCAUCUUGAGAUGUGUAAUGGUAUCCUUGUUAGAUACGUCUCUGCAUUGCUGCCAUCUUGAGACGUGUAAUGGUAUCCUUUUGUUAGAUAAGUUUGCAUUUCUGCCAUCCUGAGAUGUGUAAUGGGAUCUUUGUUAGAUACGUCUCUGCAUUUCUGCCAUCCCGAGGGAAACAACAUGUUAACAAGAGUGACUAAGGGAUAAAUACUGGACCAUGUCUGAGGAAAAGACUACUGCAUAUUUCUGUAUUAUAUUCCUGAAACGGUUUAGUUUAAUUUGCUUAAGACCCUGCAAUGUUUUCAAGAAUAGUGCUGAAAUAUAUGAUUAGGAUUGAUAUGUAGCCUAUGUUGCCAGAAUGCAAAAUGGAAUUCAAAUUACGGAAUUAAUUUGGCUAAAAGGACGCCUCAAAAUAGCCUCAAUCAGCCUUGCUACUGUAGCUAGCUAGCUAGCUUGUUUACAAUGAUUUGAUGCAGUCCAGACGGGCACUAGCAGAUGGCAUAAUAGAUAACAUAUGGCAGCAAGGAGUUUGUGAAACUAGUGCCACAUGCCGGAGCCCCUAUUCCUCUCUACACUCACCUCUUCCCCACCUUUCUACUGAUACAAACAAGGUGACUUCAGCGAGCAAGUCUCCAUUGAAGUUUUCCAAAACAACCUGUUUUGUUUAAAACACGUAGUAUUUCUACUAUCAUGAUUUUGUUGUAACAGUGAAAACAUUUCAAAUGCCCAUCCCUAAAAAUGUACCAACUUUGACUUGUGCGUCAGAUCGAAACAGCUAUAAAAAAACAAGAGAUAUUUUUUGACAGGAUAAAUGCCAUUGCUUAAAACACGAGUGCUCAUGGACCUGUGUCUGUGACAUUCGAAUGGUGUUUGUCAUAUUUAGAUAAGUAGAUGUUCAAGGAUUAUGAUGUGCCACUGCCUGCUUUCAAGACAACAAAAGCUCUUUGCUUGUUUGAAAUCAGUAACUUUUAUUUAUUUAUUUAUUUAUUAUUAUUUUUUAUUUUUUUGCUGAAAUACUUUUCUAUUUCAAAAGGGUCUUCUUUUAAUUUGGUGGGAUUGGUGUUGGAUUACUCACUUAAAUGAAGGAAUCAUUUUGUUGUUUCAGUAAAUAUCAAACUGUAUGAACGGAGAUGUUGUAAAAUUGGCCAUAAACUAAAGCAUUAAUUUCCACGCUGUGCAAACUACAUGAAAAUGAAUGGGAUACAUAACGAUACAAUAUAUUCUAUAUAUGUGUGUGUGUGUAUGUAUAUAUUCAAUAAUAAUAAUGUAUGUGGUGUAACACUUGCCUGUUUCUUGAAGUGAAAUCUUGAUUGUCUUUAUUUUUUCGUUUUGAAUAAAUGUAUGAA